AUAAACUAUUAUUAAGUGCAAAUGGAUAACAAAGUAGCAUGUGUUGUCACCUUAAUUAUCUCACUCUUGUUAGUUAAUUAGCUGCUAAGAUCAUCUCUAUCAUUUUCUUUGUUUCUUCUAUAUCAACCCCUCAACAAAACAGCUAUAUAUAGAUCACUUACCACUGUUAUAGAUUCAGCAACAAGAGAAACAUUAGUUUUUCAUUAGUAUCUUAUAGUUGCAAUAUACAUAAUGAAAAUGAGUAAUUACUUCAAAGUUUUGAUUCUUUGUCUUUUGGCAGUUGCAUCAACUCAAGCUCAAUUGCAGCUAGGAUUUUAUACUUAUAGUUGUCCAAGUGCUGAACAAAUCAUUCAAAACUUUGUUCAUGAACAUAUCCAUAAUGCUCCAUCACUUGCUGCAACAUUAAUAAGAAUGCAUUUUCAUGAUUGUUUUGUCAGAGGAUGUGAUGCAUCAAUCCUUUUGAACUCAACAAACAAACAAGCUGAAAAAGAUGCUCCUCCAAAUCUUACAGUUAGAGGCUUUGAUUUUAUUGACAGAAUAAAGAGUCUUGUUGAAGCUGAAUGCCCUGGUGUAGUUUCUUGUGCUGAUAUAAUAGCUUUAACUGCAAGAGACUCUAUUGCAGCUACAGGUGGGCCCUAUUGGAAAGUUCCAACAGGUAGAAGGGAUGGAGUCAUAUCUAAUUUGGUGGAAGCAAGAAACAACAUUCCUGCUCCAUUUCACAACAUCACCACCCUCCAAUCUCGCUUUGCAAAUCAAGGACUUGAUUUAAGAGACUUAGUCCUCCUCUCUGGUGCUCACACAAUUGGUAUCUCCCUUUGCACAUCAUUUUCAAACCGUUUGUACAAUUUUACCGGAAAGGGUGAUCAAGAUCCAUCACUUGACAGUGAAUAUGCGACGAAUCUCAAGACAUUCAAGUGCAAGAACAUCAAUGACAAUACUACAAUAGUCGAAAUGGACCCCGGUAGUCGAAAAACAUUUGAUCUUAGUUACUAUAAUCAAGUUGUGAAGAGAAGGGGUUUGUUUGAAUCUGAUUCUGCAUUGUUGAAAAAUUCAGUUACAAAAGCUCUUGUGACUCAAUUGCUUCAUGGGUCACUUGAAAAUUUCUAUGCUGAAUUUGCAAAAUCAAUUGAGAAAAUGGGCCAAAUUAAAGUUAAGACAGGGUCGCAUGGAGAGAUUAGGAAACAUUGUGCAUUUGUAAAUAGCUAAGAAUCUUGACUUGUUGAUUUUAUAUUUUAGGGUUUGGUUAAUUAUGUCAUGUCAUGUUGUGUCUCCAUAAGAUAGACCCCUAUGUUGUGUGUGUGUUCUAUAUUUUUCUUUUGUUUUUGAACAAUUUAUGGGUGUUAUAUGCAUGUUGUAAUAAUUGUAAUAAUAACAAGUGGGUCCGGCGAGGUAAAUUUUAAUAUGGAUUACUUCAUUAGGUGGUUCAUGGUGAACCAAUCAUGAAUAACAUUAUAACGAAUACGAAUUUUACAAAAUCCACUGUUGGAUUGAAAGUUUAUAUCAUAUAGAUCAUCCAUAGAAAAAUUGAAAAUCAUUUGAUAUGUUAUUGAGACACAUCAAGAUUAACGGUUCAUUAAAUAACGUAAAUCUUGAUGGGUCUCAAUAUAAACUUUCAAUCCAACAGUGAUUUCGUAAAAUUCAUAUUCAGUAGAUCAUUUAUCCACGAAUACCACUUGUGAAGGUGGUCCACCAUUUAGCCGUUUCAAUUGUAAUUUUUAUUUACCGGUUUGGUGGUACAUUAUGUUCUUGCUGUAACUAGUAAUAAAUGUAGAAUUGAGAGAAAA